AUGCCGUCGGGUAAGACAGUACCUGGAUGGAAGGACAGCUAUUACAAAGCCCAAGCUCUGGUUAACAAUAUGACCCUUACCGAAAAAGUAAACAUCACAACUGGUGUAGGUUGGCAGAUGGGUCUUUGUGUUGGGAACACGGGUCCCGCCACCGAAGUCGGAUUUCCAUCUUUAUGCCUUCAAGAUAGUCCCCUAGGGAUACGCUUUGCCGAUAACGUAACCGCCUUUCCCGCUGGCGUCACUGUUGGAGCAACCUGGAAUAGGGACCUUAUGCGCAGAAGGGGCGAAGCCUUGGGGAGAGAAUCUCGUCGUAAGGGAGUAAAUGUCCUUCUAGGUCCAACCAUGGGGCCUUUAGGGGUUCUUCCAGCCGCCGGCCGUAACUGGGAAGGUUUUGGCACUGAUCCAGUUCUUCAAGGGAUUUCGGCUGCAGAAACCAUAAAGGGGAUUCAAAAAGAGGGAGUAAUUGCAACCGCGAAGCACUUUGUCUUGAAUGAACAGGAGCACUUCCGGCAGCCGUAUGAAUGGGGAAUACCUGACGCCAUGUCCUCUAACACCGAUGAUCGAACCCUACAUGAGGUAUAUGUUUGGCCAUUUGCGGAAAGUGUUCGGGCUGGUGUUGGUAGCGUGAUGUGCGCUUACCAAAUGGUUAAUAACUCAUAUUCAUGCAGUAACAGCCGCCUUUUGAAUGGUAUUCUAAAGGAUGAGCUCGCAUUCCAGGGGUUUGUUCAGUCUGACUGGUAUGGACAACAAAGUGGCGUCGCAAGCGCAUUGGCUGGUUUGGAUAUGGCAAUGCCGGGAGAAUUACUUCGCUCUGACCCUGGAACUUCUUUCUGGGGGGCUAAUCUAACUAUGGCUGUUCUGAACCGCUCUGUUGAAGUCGGCCGAUUGAACGAUAUGGCCACUAGAAUUGUCGCUGCGUGGUAUCAAGUGAAGCAAGAUUCAUGGGAAAGGCAUCCUCCGGAUGGAGGAAAAGAUGGCGGGCCCAACUUUUCAUCUUGGACGAAAAACAAAACUGGCCAUAGGCACGAAGGCAGUGAGGAUGAUAGGGAAAUGGUGGUUGUUAACCAGUAUGUCAAAGCAGCCAACGUGAGAGAAGAUUCCCAUAGCAGCCUAGCCCGUGAGGUCGCUGCUGAAGGCACAGUUCUCCUAAAAAACGAAGAUGGGAUUUUACCUCUAUCCACUGAAGGUACCGCUUCAGGGAGAAAAACGAAGGUUGGGGUCUUUGGAGAGGAUGCUGGCCCAGGCCACGGGCCAAACUCCUGCCCUGAUAGAUCGUGCAAUCAAGGCACGCUUGGGUCUGGAUGGGGUAGUGGCACUGCUGACUUCCCCUACCUGAUAACGCCAUGGGAGGAGAUUAACAAAACGUAUAACCACGACAACGUUUCUAUAUCCGAGUACCUUUAUAACGGUAUCCAAGAUGAAGAUUUGGCCGAUAAAGACUUGUGUCUUGUCUUUACCAACGCUGAUUCAGGCGAAGGGUUUGUGUCUUUUGAGGACAUUGACGGGGACCGAAAUGACUUGUUCCUUCAAAAAGAUGGCAACAACUUGAUUCGACAGGCCGCAGAUAAGUGUGGGAAAGGUAAAGGGAAUACUAUUGUGGUUCUUCACUCAGUUGGUCCCGUAAUAUUAGAAGACUGGAUCGAAAUGCCCGGAAUCAAAGCUGUUGUCCUAGCAAACCUCCCCGGGCAGGAGAGUGGCAAGGCUCUUGUGGAUGUUCUAUUCGGAAGAGUUGAUGCCAGUGGUAGAUUGCCAUAUACUAUUGCAAAAGACGCCGAAGACUACGGUCCAGAGUCCAAAGUGCUAUACGAAAGCGAAGAUUCGGUUCCACAGAAAAAUUUCAGCCAGGGGUUAUAUAUCGAUUACCGGUACUUUGAUAAGAACAACAUUACCCCUCGAUAUGAAUUUGGUCUGAAGUGA